CAUAUGCAAAAUAAUUCCACCCCUCACUGUGCAUGCGCAUUCACGAAGGAGGAAGCCAUAUUGAACGAAGGUGUACGACGAAGUAACAGUUACAUAUACAAUUUAUUAUACAGCAAUUUUGAGGAAGAACUGUUAAAGAAAAAGUUAGAUUCGUAAACAUAUUAUGUCCACAAUGAACCCAGAAUAUGAUUACCUAUUUAAGCUAUUGCUGAUUGGUGACUCAGGUGUAGGCAAAUCCUGUCUGCUGUUGCGGUUUGCAGACGACACAUACACAGAGAGUUAUAUAAGUACUAUAGGCGUAGACUUUAAAAUUCGAACUAUUGAAUUAGAUGGGAAAACUAUAAAGUUACAAAUAUGGGAUACUGCUGGACAGGAGCGAUUCCGAACAAUUACAUCCAGCUACUACAGAGGUGCUCAUGGUAUUAUUGUCGUCUAUGAUGUCACAGACCAGGAGUCCUUUAGUAACGUGAAGCAGUGGUUACAAGAGAUUGACAGAUAUGCCAGUGAAAAUGUCAAUAAAUUACUUGUGGGCAACAAAUCAGACAUGGAGACAAAGAAAGUUGUAGAUUAUACAACAGCAAAGGAAUAUGCUGACCAGCUUGGAAUUCCGUUCUUGGAGACCAGUGCAAAGAACGCUACAAAUGUGGAACAAGCUUUUAUGACGAUGGCUGCAGAAAUCAAGAAUAGGAUGGGACCUGUCAUUUCAGCCUCACAGGACAACAAACCCAGUGUUAAAAUUAACGCUAGCAACCCCGUUAAGUCCUCAGGAGGGUGCUGUUAACUUCAGAUAUUGUAUAAGACACACAAUUUAUAUGUGGGGGUAAAACUCUUGUGUAUCGAACUGUCCAGUAAAUGAGAGAUGGUGUCUUGUUAUGCCCAAAUGGGGGAUAUCAGAAUUUGAGACUCUUAAACCCAAGAUUUUUAAGUUCAGGUAGUAGAGUCUUCAUUCUAUUGAUUGUAUUCUCUUUUUUUGGUGUGUCUAAGUUUUCUCUUGCUUUUUAUUGAUAAUUUGUUAAUUCUGUUUGGAGAAUUUCUUUAAUAUUUAAAUCUCCGUAGGCAAACUCAGUGAAGAAUAAGAAAGCUUUCUUUUUUGUUUCUCAUAGUGAUAAUUAUGUGUAUUAUGUAAAAACUGAAAAAUAUUUAUGCUUCUUUGAUUGUAAAUGUACAGUUUUUCAAUAUUCUUUGUAUGUGUAUGAUGCAAACACUAAGGUGUUUCCCAUGUCAGAAGUUCCCAAUCAGCCGCUACACGAUGUGAGCAUUCCGAUGACAUUUCCUUCUCAGUUUUAGAUAACUUGGUAUGUACUUUGCUUAGGAAGGAAAUGUACUUUUAUCAUAUUAAUGUGGGAUGGUAGACAUAUUCUGACAUGAAAACAGUCUUCAUUGUGAAAGCAUCUGUGUAUAUUUAUCCCAUUUUAUCAUACUGAUCUAUUUAUCAGAAUGACUUAUUUGUUGAACAUCUAUGCUGUGAGAAUGGAUCUCUGUAUGUUUUAUUAAUAGUCUUGUACACAUUUCACUUACUUGGGCCAUUUCUUUAUACGGUAUUUCACUGAUAGCCAAACAAUUACCUAGAUAAAUUUGCGAGAUAUACAUGUUAAUGUAUAUGUUUUCUUGGUCGUAACAUUAAAAGUAUAUAUAUACAGUGGAAAUAUUCAAUGCACAGCGAUUGACAGAACGUGUACAGUUCAUGUUUCAGUGAUGUACAAUACAAUGCAGACCAGACAGUGCUGUCAGUUUCAUAUCUCGUGUUUCUUUUCUGUAAAUUUUUUUCAAUGGUUUGAACGGAUGAAGUGAUUGUGUAUGAUGUACAUGUAUUUAUGUCUGUUUUCAUCCAGACCGAUAUUAUGAUUGUGACAGUGUCUAAAAUGAUUUCAAUGUACAGUAACUGGUCACUUUAAUAUGAGAAAAUUGCUUUUGUGAAAACAUUUAUUGAAGGUUGAACUUUGUCAAAAAUGUGUAACCUUCAUUCAACAGAUGUUAAAGUGCAUAAUUUCAAAAUGUACAAAAUUUAGAAGUAAAUAUUUUUAAUAAGCAGUUUGGCUUUGUCUUUAAGGGGAAAAGUAGCACUGCCAUUCAUGGUUGUAACCCGAUUUCUUGCAUGUAACGUGGAAGAAAUAACAUGGUAUUUAGAACGAACAGAUGGAAAUCAUUGUAUCGUUGUUUUCAUGCAUUUAUGUGGGAGCAAAUGAACUUCUUGUCUCUGAGGAGCAAGCAGGCUUGUUACUUGAUAUGAUUUGUGCAAAAUUCACUACUCAUCAGUCAACAAAUAAAAUAUAAUGAAAACUUCA